UAUACAUGCACGUGUUUCUAUAUGUACUGUAUGUGCACAUAAAUAUGUGUGUAUAUGUAUAUAUUAUACGUAAAACUCAGCUCGGUGGUGAAAACUAAAAACGUAUUGCAAAUAUUUAAAAGUAAAGAGUGACAUUUGGACUGCCGGCGUCGUCGAGGCGCCGCUGCUUUAGUGCAAAGAAACGUUUCUCGUCAUCUCACGCCAAUUAACGGAACACGACACUAGCACACAGACAUUUCCGAGCUUUGUUGCGGCCCGUGAAGUAAACGAAAACUUGGUCAACAAGCCUGCGGUGAUCCGGGACAGUUGGUUCGUGUCGCGGAUUGUCCUCUACAGAGGCAUUCACUCACCCGGGACGAGAUCAACCGGCAACCGAACCGUCGCUGUACUAUUGAGCCAGAACAGCGGCCGCCGAGAUGCCGCUCCUACACAGGAAGGCUUUCAUCCGCCAGGAACCUCCGGCCGACCUGAGCCCCGACGAGGAGGUCUUCCUCUGCCGUAUCACACACGAAGUCUUUCGCAGCUACGAUGAGUUCUUCGAGAGGACCAUCCUGUGUAACAGUCUGGUGUGGAGCUGCGCUCUGACCGGGCGAGCAGGUCUCACCUACUUGGAGGCGCAGGAGAGUGAGCGUCGGGCCAAGCAGAGCCUCCGGAACUUUCCGUCCGUGUUGGUGGCCCCGCUGUUGCACCUGGCGGCGCUGAGCCACCGCGGCCGACUGAGCGAGCUCUGUGAGGACGUCCACGCUUUUGUCAAAGAGCGCUUCUUUGCCGGAGAGAGGGUGGAUGUCAGCGGACGCAACGGAACCAGGCGGUUGUGUGAGAUCCUUCGGGUCUUGCCUCCACAUUCCAGCGCCAACGGCGCGUCCACCAACAACGGUCACGGCGCGUCCGCGGACGGCGUGGCCAUCGUCAUCAGCGACAGCGACGAAGAGGGCCACGCCUUCCAGAGUCCCGCCUCACAGGUCAAGAGGUCAGCAGGUGAAAGGUCGCAGAAGACGCCUCUCAGCCCUUCGGUGUUUAAAUAUGAGGUCAGGACGACGACAGACGGACAUGCCAAGCCGUUCGUCGUCAGAGCCAAUCAGAUCAGUCGUAGGAAGAACGUGGCGUCCCGAGAGAGACUGAAGCUGCUCUUCAAGCAGCACUGCGAACCCGCCAACGGAACCAUCAGGCUGAAGGCGUCCAGCGUGAGCAAGUACCGGCUCUCCGAACACAACUUUUCCCACUUUUUUCCCGAUGAGCCCCCACAAUUCCCUUUCAGUUCUGGUGUCAAAGCAGAGGGGCGGGGCUCACCUGCACAGGCUAGCACUUCGCUGAUGAAGCUGGACAAGGAGAAGCUGAAGGAGGAGCAGAGGAGGAGGUUUGAGGAGGAGAAGCAGAGAAGAAGAGAGGAGAAGGAGCGCAGGAAGCAGGAGAAGGAUCUGGAACGAGAGAAGUUAAAGGAGGAGAAGAAGAAGUAUGCAGAGCGACUGAAGCUGUGGAACAAACCCAGGGAGGACAUGGAGUGUGACGACCUUAAGGAGCUACCCACUCCGGUUCCUGUGAGGACUCGUCUCCCAGCCCAGCUGUUUGGAGAAGCGUUGAUGGUUCUGGAGUUCCUGCGGUCCUUUGGGGAGGACUUUGGCCUGAAGGAUGAAUUUCCGGAUGGAGUCUCUCUUGAGGUUCUAGAGGAGGCCUUGGUGGGUUCUGAUCCAGAAGGUCCUCUCUGUGAGUUGCUUUUCUUCUUCAUCACAGCCAUCUUCCAGGCUCUGGAUGAGGAGCAAGAGGAGGUGACUAAAGAUGAAGUAGACCUACCAGAAGCUCCAGACGAUGACUUGGACCGCUCCGACUUGGCUGUGAGCGCUGCGUCGUCAUCGGCCGCGGCGUGGCCUUCGCUUCAUCUGGGCUGUAGCCUCCAGGAAGUGGACCUGAACAGCUGCACUCUGUCUGAGAUUUUACGUCUGCACAUCCUGGCGUCCGGCGCCGACUGUAACAACGCCAACGCCAAGUUCCGCUACCAGAAACAAGGCGGAUUCACGUUGACGGACGACCCGUGUGUGGAGCUGUGUUUGGCACAGCCGGCGCUCAUGAGGAGGCUGGCGUGCUUGGCCGUCUAUGACCUGAUGCCAGGUGAGAAGCUGGUUAUCUUGCAGGCGUUGGUGGGCAAGCUGCUGUCCCUGGCGUCCAGCAGAGACCUGAUGGAGGAAUGCGUGGAACAGCAGCGUGCCGCCAGGCAGGAACUGCGAGAGAUCCGGGCGGAGCAGCACCGGCGAGAGCGGGAAGAGGCGGCACACAGGGUCCGUCUCCGUAAAGAGGAGCGUCUGCGCGAGCAGGAGCAACGUCUGAAGCUCAAGGAGCAGGAAGUGCGGGAUGAAACCAAAGCUGGGGGCAGAGGAUCUCUGACGGCUUCUGACCACAAAGCCCCGCCAUGUCCUCCUGCCAGCCUGACGGCAGAGGAGCAGGAGGAGGAGCAGGAGAAGGUACGACAGCUCCAAGAGCGUAUCCAAAAGGCGGCGUCACGCACAAGCUUGCUGCCGCUCGGCAGAGACCGUUUGUACCGCCGCUACUGGCUCCUUCCGUCAGCCUCGGCGCUCUUUGUGGAGGAGGACAGUUUUGGCCUGACGGAGGACAUGCUGCAGCCCCGCCCAAAACACACCCAAGACCCCACCACCACCACCAUAGAGGACGGGGAGCACAGCCUGGAGGAACCUGCAGAAGGAAGUGUCGGCUCGAGCCCCGCACCCCAGUCCACCUGCGGGCCUCCAGUGAGCCGACCAAGCCAGUGGUUCUUCUACAGCUCGGUGGAGGAAUUGGACCAAGUUAUAGACGCACUUAACCCGCGAGGACAUCGUGAGAGUGGCCUAAAGGAGGCGCUGUUGCAGGAGCGAGAACGUCUGCAGGAGUUGCUGCAGACGUGCGAGCGCAGCAAGUACACGUGUGCAGGUGAGUACAGCGAACGCCUCGCAUCGCCCCGCCCCGCCCACCGUGACGCCCCCAAACAUUCUUAUCCUCGUUGUCCAGAUGAUCCGGAGUCCUCGCGAUCCGUACCGGAAUGCACUGCUGCAGCCGAGACCCUCAUGGAAGCGAGACUGCGAGACCUGCUCCUGGACAUGGAGGACCGCAUCCACCAGGGAAGUCUGGGAUCUCUCAAGGUAAUGGACAGACACGUGUGGCGCUCCGCGUUGGAGACGGGAAACUACGAGUUGCAUUGUACAGACGAAGGGACGGACACACGGGUGGACGACAUGGAGGUGGACCCCGUACCCCUGAAGCCCCGAGACAGGUAUGAAACUCAAUGGAAAAACAUGUGCCAAGACAUAAACACGUCCACUUCCUGCUUUUCCAGGCUUCCGUCAGAAGGUACCGCAGUCCAUCGCCUGGCUCGGGCGCUGGCCCACGUGGAGCGCGGCAUCGAGAGACGCUUCCUCAAAGCUCCGCUAGGCGAGGAAGACUCCAAGAAAGAACAGAAGACUAAGAAGAGCAAGAAGAAAGAUGAGGACCAGGCCAGUGACGACGGCAGCGACAGCAUCCGCCUGGUGAAGUCGGUGUUGGAGCGAUGGAGGGAAUCUCUGCUGUCCUCCUCCAGUUUGUCUCAGGUGUUUGUGCAUUUGUCCAGCCUAGAGAGAAGUGUCCUGUGGUCCCGCUCCGUCCUCAAUGCUCGCUGCCGGCUUUGCAGACGGAAAGGCGACGCGGACAACAUGCUGUUAUGCGACGCCUGUGGCAGGGGACACCACACCCACUGUCUCAGGCCCCGCCUCCAGUCUGUUCCGGAAGGAGACUGGUUCUGUCCAGAUUGUCAGCCCAAAAUGAGAUCCGGAUCCGUUUCUUCUCGUCAGAAUUCGUCUCUCAAGCGUGAAGAGGAAGAACAGUCUGAGGAUGAGCCCGAAGAGGAAGAGUCGGAUAACGAGGAAGUUGUGAACACCAGGAAGAGUCAGGCCACGCCCCCUAAAGCCAGGAGCCACCAGGCCACGCCCAAAAAUAAGAAAAAGUCCUCAUCCUCCAAGGCGUCGGGUAAAAAGGCCACGCCCCUUCCUUCCAAAGCCAGCAUGGUGACGUCCGGCGGCAAAAAAACGACCCCAGACACAGCGCCACGUGCCCAACCCUGCAAGCCCGUCCUCCCUUCCACUUCCUCCUCUACUUCCUCCCCCUCGUCGUCCAGACGCCGCUCUUCCGGUAGGAACCACGGCGUCCACGAGUUGUCGGCGUGCGAGCUGCUGAUCGUGGAGCUCGUCCGCCACGAGGACAGCUGGCCCUUCAUGAAGCUGGUGUCCCGCACACAGGUGCCAGACUACUAUGACAUCAUCAGCAAGCCCAUGGCACUCAGCACCAUCAGAGAGAAGGUCAACAAUUGCCAGUACCUCAGCGCAGGUGACUUCAUGGCGGACGUGGACUUGAUGUUCUCCAACUGUCUGCAGUACAACGCUCGUCACACUAACGAGGCCAAAGCCGGGAUUCGCCUCCAGCAGUUCUUCUACUCGGAACUCUGCAGACUGGGUCUGUCGGAGCACGGCACCGCCCCGCCCGCCAAGCGAUCUCGCCACUGAGGACGCACGCCCUUUUUGACCCCCCCCCACACCACCGUCCUCUCUUAUUACGAGUACGAGGUGACUUGUUGGCCCCCUACCCUGAUGUUCAGAGGGCAUAGUUUAAUUUCAGGUAAAUAGAAUAAUCCCACUAAACUACUGACUUGAACUCUGACCUGCUGCGGCGGCGGGGACUUCCUGUGGGCGACUUCCUGUGGCGUUGAAAAGUUCUCAGGGACACCGUUUGCGUUCAAAGAGGGUUCUUGCUGCCUACCAAAAUAAAACAUUCCCCUUGUUUAGCUUUUUUUUUUUUUUUAAAUCAGUCACUUCAUUUCAUGAUGUGGCCACGCCCCCCCGAGGCCCGCUAACCAGCAGCAUUCCUACAAAAUAAGAGUUAAGUUAUUAGUUGCUAUCUUAGCAUGUUGCUCACUUUAAUGUCAUGAAAGGUGUUGAUGAUGAUGAUGAUGAUGAUGAUGAUGAUGACGUGGUGAGAAUGCAGCUUAUUGUUGAAUGUCCCCUGACCCUAUUUAUUUAUGACUGUUAGAUGUCCAGCCCGCGUCUUACAUUUGAAAAUAA